AUGGCAUCCUCGAAUACCUCCGUUGCAUCUGAGGAGUCUGAGGAGCUCUGCGUUCUUCUGGCCUAUGAGGAGGUGGCUCCCACAAAAACCAAGGAGCAACUGAUCAAGGAGCAGCUGCAAGAACUUUAUGACUACGAGUUUCCUGUACCUGAACCUCCAGAAGAUGAUCCUUCUGGGAAAUUGGCUUACUUGGAUGCGUGUGAGCAGCUGCAUAAGGAAUCAUUCAUGAAGUUUCCCACCGAGAGUGUCGCACGAAGAAUUUGCGAUGGGAAAGAAUCGCUUGACCUUAGUUUUUUUGGUCUCCGGAAAAAAGGCACCAUUGCCUUGGCUGCAGCCUUGCGCGUUAACCUGUCUAUUAAGACGCUCUCCCUCGUCGGAAACCACAUGACGCCCGCCGGGGGAAUGGAGCUGGCGCGAGCGCUAUCGGAGUCGAGAACAGUUACGUCGCUUGAUCUUAGUCAGAAUAAGUUGGGCGGGCGCGACCCAGGUGAAACGGUUAGAGGUGGUGCAGUGGUGUCAGAACUACUGCGGACCGGCAAUAUCUUGAAAACGCUCUCGCUACGUGACAAUGGGCUAAGCGACCAGCAUGUCGCUGAGUUUGUUGAGGCCGCAACAGACAACACAGAACUGAAUUCGCUUGAUCUUAGCUUUAACAAAAUUGGGUAUCUUGGUGCGAUUGAUGUGGCCCAGAUUCUUUCGCGUAAUGCCGACCUGCGGGAAAUUAAUCUGGAGUGGAAUCAGUUCCAAACAAUGGGGAGUUGCUACAUCCUCAAAGAGGGACUGCUGGUGAACAACACCAUCAAACGCUUCAACUUAAGCUCGGAUGGUUUGGAUGACACCUGUGCACAGCUUGUGGGACGAAUUAUUGGCGAAAACGCCAUUGAGGAAAUUAUCAUAGCCCAUAAUAGAAUUGGGCCCGGCGGCGCCGAGGCUAUCGCAAAGGGUUUGAUGGCAACCUCCGCACUCACAACGCUCAAUUUAGACGAUAACCCGCUUCAAAGCGAGGGAUGUUCUGCACUUAUUCGCGUUGCCGUUGAGGCCGCUACUCUUAAGCAUCUCAGCCUGCAACAGUGUCGGUGCAGCGCGGAGGUGGUAGGCGAGGCCGAAAGGCUGACGAGAGAGGUUCGACAAGACAUUGUUAUUCUCAUAUCCGAGGAUUGCUGCCCCAAAGAAGUGAUGUAG